AUGCGAAAGGAGACAAUUUCGUUUGGGAAAUUUUAUGAACGACAGGGAAAAUAUGACAGAUCAGAGGAACUAUUUGAAGCUCUAUUAAAGGAAGAUAGAAAAAGCCUUGAUAGAAGUGACAAGAACCUGUUGCAAAACAUGGGCAACCUGGCGUCGACGUACAGGAAUCAAGGGCGGUGGAACGAGGCCGAAGGGCUGGAGGUACAAGUGAUGGAGACGAGAAAGAGGGUGCUUGGGGAGGAGCAUCCAGAUACGCUGACCAGCAUGGCCAACCUGGCGUCGACGUACAGGAGUCAAGGGCGGUGGAAGUGGGCCAAAGAGCUGGAAGUGCAAGUGAUGGAGACGAGAAAGAGGGUGCUUGGGGAGGAGCAUCCAGAUACGCUGACCAGCAUGGCCAACCUGGCGUCGACGUACAUGAAUCAAGGGCGGUGGAAGGAGGCCGAAGAACUGUUUGUGCAAGUGAUGGAGACGGUGCUUGGGGAGGAGCAUCCAGAUACGCUGACCAGCAUGGCCAACCUGGCGUCGACGUACAGGAAUCAAGGGCGGUGGAAUGAGGCCGAAGAGCUGGAGGUCCAAGUAUUGGGGAUGAGAAAGAGAUUGCUUGGGGAGGAGCAUCCAGACACGCUGACAAGCAUGGGGAACUUAGCGUCGACGUACAGGGACCAAGCCAGGUGGACGGAUGCUGAAGAGCUAGAGGUCCAAGUAAUGGAGUUGAGCAAGACGAAGCUCGGAGCGGAACAUCCCAACACGCUGACCAGUAUGGCCAAUAUGGCGUCAACGUACAGAAAACAAGGCCGAUGGGAUGUUGCUGAAGAGCUGUUCAUAAGAGUAAUAGAGACUCGCAAGAAGAUACUUGGAGCGGACCAUCCCGAUACGCUGACAAGCAUGGGCAGCUUAGCAUCAACGUACAAGGACCAAGGCAGAUGGGAUGCUGCUAAAGAGCUGGAAGUACAAGCAGAAGGAACAAGUACAGACAAUGUAAUUGACGAAGACUGUGAUUUAGUCUCCGAUGUUUCCGAUGUCUCUUCGGUCUUCUCUUCGAGUUCUUCGCUGGAUAGCUUCUCAUCUAGGGGAUCGCAUGAAGAUGCUCGUCGGAUGACUGCUCAGCAUCUAGCGUAUAAUUUGUCCAAAGAUCCUUUUCUUCAGCCACUAUAUAUUCAAGCGAUGCAAGAAGUUAGGAGGGAUCGAUUUUCAAGGAAUCACGACAGACUUUUGAAGAAGUUCUUGGCAGAUCUUCGAUUAGAAAGCAGAGACCGUAUUCAUCUACUAGUUGUUCGGUUCCUCCGAAAUCGAUCACAACGGGAACAGGUGACUUCGCAGAUAUGUCAGCUUAGUCAACCACGCCCUAGUCUUGCAAAUCAGCGAACUAUGCAGCAGUACCUAGACCAAGAGGAAGACCGAGGAUAUCGUCUGGAACGUUUUCUGGAAGCAUCGAGUGAAAAAGCCAGAAGCACUACUCCCAGGAUAGCGGAUGGGGCCGAUAAUCGUAACAAGGCCAUAGAAGCGAAAGAAGACGAAUAUGGGGAUAGUGGCGACACAAAAGAUGAGAACAUCGAUGACAACGUGAACAAGGAAGAUGACGAAGAUGAUGAAGUUGAUGAAGAUGACGAAGACGAUGAAGACGAGUUGGAUGGUGAGAUAGAGGGGGUUCAGGCCGGGAGCCUGCCGCAUCUUGAAUCAGUAGUGGCAUUUCUCACUAAAGGGCCAUCAUUUCAAGCCUUCAAGUCAAGCCUUCACCAUUUCAUCCAUCCUCCUACGACGAUAGAGGAAGCAUUGGGCGGCCAGAAUAUCAAAGGUUUACGACAGUUACUCAAGAAACGAUUUGAUGUCGUUGCCCAAGGCGAAUAUUCCUGGAUACACGAACUGGAUGAUAUUGGCUACACGCGCGACGAAAUUGCAGACCUCUUAUUUGAACAAGCUAGUGACGCCCCCUGGAUAUACUUCGAGCCGAACACAUUCAAUCUAGUAGAAGUACAAGCUGGCAUUCAUCUUCCAGGGUGCGUACAUCAGUUCUUCUCAUCCGACCAGCCUCCCUCAGACCAAUCUACGACAACACCACUGCGCCGCUUUCCUUUUGGGGAUUGGCGAGGUGUCACUAAUACCGUCCAAGAGCUCUGCGGCUUGGCCGGCAUAACACCAACAUCUCGAGACUCGGAAAAAUGGAAUGGUUCUAUCAAUUUCGAAGAGCGGAAUUCUAUGGCUGUAGUGACAUACUCUCGGCCUUCGGAUAGUAAUGAUCUAGACCAUCACGCAGUAAUUUCCCGGAUCAGCAAUUCUCUUGAACGCUUCUGCUCCGCCGCAGGCUACGUUCAAGCGGCUGGGCUCUGUUGCGACUCCUUUACUAUACUGCGACUGCCUCCUCACAGUCCUGGACAACAAGAAAAGUCAGAACUGUUAGUAGAGAUGUGUCGCAUUGAUUUCAAGCUUGCCUUGCAGAUGUUAUCGGAGCUCAAGAGUCUGUCCGUCUUAUGCAACAUACGCCCAGUUGAUACUGUUAAUAUCCAGGAAAUAGCCUUGCAGGUUCUCCAGCCUGUUAUGCAGGGAUCUACAGAGGCCACUUACGGCAAUGGGGUUAGCGCUGUCCUCCAAUCUUGCUCCUUAGCCGUUCAACUCGUGUGCUUAGGCUUCUUGUCGUACAGUCAAGCACAUGCUGGAGCCAUUCGACCUUUUUUCCUGGAUACUCUGCUCAGGAAGAUUCAACUCCUUGGGAUUCAAGCAUACACAGAUGAAUGCGAUCGGAUAGAAGCUAGUCUCCACAGUCUUACAUGCAUCGGCGACAUGGUUCAAGCUCCGGUCCUUACGUUCAACCUAGUACAGCCAUGGAUACUUCCCCUAUCAGCUAGCAAACCGCUUGCAUACGAUCUGUUGACAAAUGCCCAAGAUCUUCUUGACACAUGGGGUCCUGGUCAAUUUGUUAUCCACGUGGACGAAAGUAAGCUCCCAUCUGCUAUCAAGUUAGGCGAUGGGAUUGUUUUUGCUUCUGAUUUAGAAAACAACAAGUUUCAUUGGAGCCGAAGGGUGUCUCUUGAGCACCUAUCCCGAGGUACCCUCGAUCCGUGGAGCAAGAUCAUCAUUGGAACACCAGUUAUUGUCAAUGGGAACUGCAUAAUUGACGAGCAAAAAUGCUGGGAAAAUUCCUCUACAUUUCUCGAACCCCUCGGCCCUUAUGGAACUCAUUGGGAGCUCGAUGAAAAGCAACUUGGAAUACAAGUCGGACACUACGCCCUACUCCAGGCCGUUGCAGCCUCACAUAAGCUUCCUGCUCAGACUUUGAAGCAACACAGGCUUCAACAGGACGAUGAGACACUGAUACUAUUUCUGGAUAAUCUUUGGGGCGUUCAAGUGAGUUUCUGCACACGCAUUGCUCGAAGAGUGCCACUCCGCGAAAUGGUAGCAGAUAUGCUCCCAAUAUUUGCAAUGGCCUUCAUAUCUUCACAAGACGAGGAACUCUCCUGGAAGGAGCUCAAAACGACCCAUGAUAUUUUGAGUGCGUUCCAACAGAAGGGGAUCCGAGAUUGGUUAAUCAAGCUUCCCCCCCAACUUCAUCAAAACGUCCUGAAAAUGGUUCGCAGGAUCUUCACUGUCCUCCAGCAUACGGGACUCGACCGCGGAGGAAAGAAUCUGCUGGUUGCGUGGCCACAUGAGCGUGAAAUAUUCAGAUGCUUCAAAAUCCCGUGCGAGAAAGAAAGCUCAUGGGUGGGGAUCCUUGCAGAUUCGGAAGAUUGUGCUACUUUCGCAUACGUGUCGACCAAAUGCCUCGAGACCAAAGAGAUCAAGUGUAACGGCCCCGACCCUGCUUGGAAGGAUGCAAUCCCUAUGCUGGAAACAGCUGUCGUGCUUCAUUCAAAAGACCCUGCUAGACUCACAGGUUCUCUGCAACACAAUGCAACGUAUUUUUUCCAGAAGCUGGACAGCCUCUUCUUUGUUAGAGUUCAGAGACCGGAUGCUACCGGUACAGCAAACCUGGUCACAUCUCGUAGUAAGAGCCCCAUGGAAAUCCAGCGGAGGGUGCUUGUAAAGCUUAUACAGGAUCGUAAGCGGCUAGCAAGGCUUCGUGAGAAGAUAGCCCCGGAUGAUCGCGCGGAGCGGGUGGCUGUUUCACGGCAACCUCAUUCGAUUGAGUGA